UAAUCUGACACCCUGCUUAAGUUUAUAUUUGUGCACAGGAGGAACAGAGGGCUCAUAACUUGUGAAGGGCAGAAACAGGGACAGUUUAUACACUGAAGGAUGGAUGGAGACACGGAAUAACUGAUGAAGUGAAUUAAGCACAAUAGAGAUUAAAUAAGAAAUUGUUCUUGCUGUUUUUAUUUGGCUUUAGUGGCAAAAAGAAGGACAAGUUAAUUCAAGCACGCUGAUCAUCAUCAUGCUUGGUGAAGCGUUCCUCCACGUCCUGAACUACACCGAGGACCCUGAUCACUCAGCCCUCUCCAGGCAGAACACACUGCCGCACACACUCUCACACACUGUUCCUCCAGCAGAAGCUGCAGCGGCGGCGACUCACCUGAGCUCAAGGUCACCCAGGACGCCCCGCCCACUGCGAGUUAAUCGUACCGAAAGCCCUGAGAAACCCAGACCUCGCCUGACCUCACUCCCCAGUAUGGCUCUCCCAAUCCCCGCUAGCAGCCUCACCAGUGUCGAGGAUCUCUGGGGCCUGGAGCUCUCCUGCCCGAGCUUCUACAAAGCUUACCCAGACCUGCAGCUAGCAGGAGGCACCGUGGGUCCUCUGAACCCGACUCCACAAUCCCAAGGUCCUCUGCUGAACUCUGAGGAUCUCGCCUUCCUGCAGACCUCGAUGGAGCCCGGAGAGCUGGUGGAGGACCAUGGCGAACAAGACGAAGGCUACCUGGUCAUAGAGAGCAUGAGAAGCCUGGGGAAGGAGCAAAGGCUCACCAACUCCAUGCUGAACGGCUUCCUGGAGACGCAGCUGAUGGAGGUCUAUCGGCAGCACAUGCAGGACAGCCUGGCACGCUGUGGCUCGUGCACGCUUAGCGCCAGCGUGGUGCCGGGAAUCUGCGGCAAUCUGAACGUGUCUGACAGGAACGUGCCCGCUCAGGGGGACGAGCUGCACUCCGGCCAGAGCCAGAGCAGCGUCAAAUACUUGAGCACCUGUUCGGCCCCGCCUACUUCACACUUUAGUACACCUAUGCUGCGCAUCUCAUACCAACAGGAGCCUAAAUCCUAAACACACAGAUCAUUAGCAGUGGGAACUAGGUUUUUUUUUUCUUUUCUGUUGUUAUAAAAAAAAUCUCAGAGGUGACAAGACAGCAGUAAGUUCACACUUUCAGCGUGAAUGUUGGGCUCUGAUUGUGGCAUUAGUGUGGAAUUAUUAGCUGUAUAUAGAUACUACAGUACUGUAGAAAAGUCUUAGAAACCCUGUGUUUUUAGUACAAAGUUUGUUAUUAUUACUUUUUAAUAUUAUUUCAUGACUUUAUUGAGUCAGUGCAAAAAAAAUCAGAUUUUUAAACAUCAGUAUUCCAACUUGAAAUUUUAAGUUUUAUGCUAAACUUUGUAUGUAAAAUUGUGUUACAACCAUUUUGCCAUUUUGAUAUUUUGUGUUUUGAACAACUUUGAAUUUUGGAUUUUUAUUUUCUCAAAUGGACUCAAUAAAUUAUUUUAUUUUUCUAUGUAUCAUGGAAUAUGCGUUCAAUUCCAACCGGGCACAGCGUUUUUCAUCACCAUGGAUUUAAACAAUGAAAAUAGUCGCUACAAAUAGAAAGCAGCACAUUAUACUGUAUAAGAGACAACUUUUUAGACAAAAAAAAAACUAGAAAAAAAACAGAGCAGAAUCAUGUGCAAAAGUCAAAGUCCUCAGAAGAACUAUGUGUGUGUGUGUGUGUGUGUGUGUGUGUGUGUGUGGUUCAGCGGGAUGCUGAGUAAAACUUACUAGCUUUAUAUAUAUAUAUAUAUAUAUAAAACUACACAAAUUGUGCCUGAAACUAAACAGUGCUCAAAGCAUCGUCACACCAAAAACUUUUUUUUUUCUUUAUGCCAUGUUUCCUGGGCUUCAUUGAUAUAUAAAGUAUUUUUAUAGUAGGUUUUAUUUGCUAAAGGCAUCUGUGCUCAACAGUAGUUAUUUGAAUGUGUCUAAGACCUACAGUAGGAAAGUCCUUUGCACAGCAAAGUAGAUAAAUAUUUGAAUUGUAAAAAUAAAAAUACAAAAAUAAUAAUAAUCUAUAUAAAUAAAAUGUAAACUUUUCUAUCAUUUUUCACAGCAAUAACUUCGUCUUAUUUUCAUAAAUCACGAUGUGCUGAUGUUUAUUUUUAUCACUUGUGUAAGUUUCCAAUUAAAUUACA